AUGUCAAAGUCAAAAGUUCAACCACCAAUGAACAAACCAUUGAACAAACGAACACGAAGUCAAACAGAUAUAGCAGAAUUUAAAGAUUUAACAAAACGAGAUGCUUUAACAAGACUUCAACAAUCAUUAAAUAAACUUGUAUUAACUAGUAAAUCUCAAUCACAAAAAAAUACUCGAUUAGAACUUGAUGGAUAUGAACAAUUAAUUAUUUAG